CAAGACCAGUCCCUCAUUUCCUGGUUAAACAUGGCGGAUGAGAAUGAGACAGCACCGAAGCCGGAGGAAAAAGCGGAGCUAGAAGAGGACCACGGACACUGCAGCGACUGCGAAAAUGAAGAGCACCAUUUUGAAGAUGGGGAAAAAGGUGACACAGGGGCCAAGAAAAAGAAAAAGAAACAAAAGAAAAAGAAAGACAAGUCUGGAGGAAAGGACUUAGCACAGGACCCAUUGGCCAAAGUAAACUCCCUACCUGCCGACAAGCUUCAGGAGAUCCAGAAAGCCAUCGAGCUCUUCUCAGUGGGACCAGGACCAGCCAAAACCAUGGAAGAGGCCUCACGCCGCAGCUACCAGUUCUGGGAUACUCAGCCUGUCCCGAAACUAGGAGAGACGGUGACAUCACACGGCUGCAUUGAGCCUGAUAAAGAUAACAUCCGGGAGGAGCCCUACAGCCUUCCUCAGGGUUUCACCUGGGACUCACUGGACCUGGGCAACCCCGCCGUGCUUAAGGAGCUGUAUACCCUCCUGAAUGAGAACUACGUGGAGGAUGAUGAUAACAUGUUCCGCUUUGACUACUCGCCGGAGUUCCUGCUUUGGGCUCUGCGCCCCCCGGGCUGGUUGCCACAGUGGCACUGUGGAGUGAGGGUGAACUCUAACCAGAAACUGGUGGGCUUCAUCAGUGCCAUCCCAGCCAACAUCCGCAUUUAUGACAUAGAGAAGAAGAUGGUGGAGAUUAACUUCCUGUGUGUGCACAAGAAGCUGCGCUCCAAGCGUGUGGCUCCGGUCCUGAUCCGAGAGAUCACCAGACGGGUCAACCUUCAGGGCAUCUUCCAGGCUGUCUACACUGCAGGAGUGGUACUGCCCAAACCAGUGGGCACUUGCAGGUACUGGCACCGCUCUCUGAACCCACGGAAGCUGAUCGAGGUGAAGUUUUCACACCUGAGUCGGAACAUGACUAUGCAACGCACCAUGAAGCUCUAUCGACUGCCAGAGGCUCCCAAGACUCCAGGCUUGAGGCCGAUGACAGUGAAGGACAUCCCAGCUGUGCACCGUCUGCUGCUGGACUACCUGCGCCAGUUCCAUCUGGCACCCGUUAUGAACCUGGAGGAGGUGAAGCACUGGCUUCUGCCUCAGGACAACAUCAUUGACACUUACGUGGUAGAGAACCCGGAGGGGAAGGUGACAGACUUCCUGAGUUUCUACACCCUGCCGUCCACCAUCAUGAACCACCCAGUGCACCGCAGUCUGAAGGCAGCUUACUCCUUCUACAAUGUGCACACCAGCGUGCCGCUGCUCGAGCUGAUGGGAGACGCGCUCAUCCUAGCCAAGUCGAAAGAAUUUGAUGUCUUCAAUGCACUGGACCUGAUGGAGAAUAAAACGUUUCUGGAGAAGCUGAAGUUUGGUAUCGGAGACGGGAACCUGCAGUAUUAUCUCUACAAUUGGAAAUGUCCCAGCAUGGGCCCAGAGAAGGUUGGUUUGGUCUUGCAGUGACCCUCUCCCAUUAUUAAGCCCUUCCUUGCGUCAUAGUGAAGCCAAGUUAUGACAUCAUGCACUGACCACCUGACCGAUACUACAGAGGGACUUCCAGGUUUAGGAAGAAAAAGCCACCGCCCAUUUUCUUUUCUUCCUUGUUUUUUGACAUUUGAACUUUGACCAUGUGGACCUGCACUACCGCUGCCAGGCCAAGAGAGGGGAGUUUCUCUCCUCUUUUAUGUCUUGCUUUCUCUCUCUUUCUUUUUUCUUCUCUUUCUUUCUUUCUUUAUUUCUUCUCUUUUCUCUUUUUUUCUGUCUUUCUUUCUGUUUUUUUUUGUUUUUUUUUUUUCUUUUUAUCUCCCUCAGCACAGGGAUCUGAAGCCACUGUAAUUGCCAUCGUCAGACAAGAACAGCAAACGGUUGCGAUUGUCGAUCGCGUCAUGAGUCGAGAGUUGUAACACGCCCUCAAACUGCAGAUGCUCCCUCACACAAAAAACUCCCAUCAUGCCCUGCAGCAUUAAUAACAUUCUGCUCACACGCUGACACAGUCGACAGACUCCGUACAGCAGUUUGUUUUUCUCCCCGUCCAAAUAUGCUUUUGAGGUGCUUUUGCAAGAAAGAAAAAAACAAAACAAAAAAAAAAACUGACAACAUUUAACAAAACAAUCAUACAACACCAGAGAAUACCUUAAAGAGAAAGCCAACAAGCAUCAAAUAAGGUGAUAAAGACCUAAAGUGGACAUUACAAGGGCUGCUGUGGAUAAUUUAGCUUUUUUGUUUAGCGGUUUCACUCUCUCUGUUAUUGUCAUGGGAUUGUCAUUGUUUUCCAGUUCAUUUUGACUAAUUAAUGUGGUACUUACUGCAAGGGAGAGAUCUUUCUCUACUUUUUUGUUUCUUUUUUGGUCUUUUUGCUUUUCAUAUUUUUCUUUCUAAUCGAUGGAUCGCUGCUUCAUCACUAACUGCCUGUGAUUCCCGUUCACUGUAAUGCCAACAGAGAAGCCCUGUGUACAUAAACCAAUAACAAGUAACAACAAUGUAAUAUCAAGAAAACGAUGACCGCUAGGAGUCCAGACCGUGGACCCAUGGACUAAUGAUAACUAAAGAGGGCGAAUCAUGACUGAGGCAUGAAUCAUGAAUGAGUGUGAUGGGGGGCAGGAGACGGGUUUUUUUGGGGGGGGGUUAAGUAUUUAAUGUAUCUGAGAGUGAAAUAUGAUUUUUGUGGGGGUUUUUUUUGCAGGGGUGGGGGGUGGUAAAAUCUAAUGCACUCACAUGAUUGGCAGUUCCUCAUAAAAUUCUACUGCUGUAGAUAAACAGUGUCCUAGAGUUUAAAGAGAAAAUUCUUUGAAGAACUGGUUUGGCGUAAUGUGUUCCCUUGCACGGUUCAGUGUUGUAGAUAGGAAGCAAUGAGCUGACACAUGUUCUGAAGAGCAGCUACAGCAGUAGAGUUUUAUGACUAUUGGCCAGUGUCUGCUGGGUUUCUCUUGUGGACAGAAUGGAGGAGAUGUUAUCAGAUGAUUGGAACAAAUGGAUCAGGACAAAAACACAUUGUGUGGUCUUUUGGUUUUCAUGAUGGAGAGGAAAAAAACUGUCAUCAUGGAGAUUUUUUUGUGCUAAAUAAAAGUAGACGUUGCUGUGAGGAUUUGGCGCGUU